UUGUAAAAAUUCUAAAAUGGCUACCAUAGAAGAGGAUGAGACUGAAAUAUUUGAAGAUGAUCAUUUAAAUUCUCUUUUGAAUUUCCCUCCAGAUGUACAACAAGCAAUUGAACAGGUCCUCCCAUCUUCAGACCCAUUGGAUAGGCCUGAUUUCAAUGCUGUGGAUUACAUAAAUAAUCUCUUCCCUACAGAACAAUCACUUGCCAACAUAGAUGAGGUAGUAAAUCGUAUGAGGCUCAAGAUACGCCGGCUUGAUGAUGAGAUCAGAGCAGUUGUCAGAGGACAAACAACUGCAGGCCAGGAUGGAAGAGAAGCUCUCAAGGAAGCACAGAAAGCUAUUCAAGAACUCUUCAAAAGGAUAAAAGAUAUCAAAGAAAAGGCUGACAAAUCAGAACAGAUGGUGAAAGAAAUAACCAGAGACAUCAAGCAGCUUGAUCAUGCCAAACGUCACCUGACUUCAUCUAUUACAACCCUUAAUCAUCUUCAUAUGCUUGUCGGAGGUGUGGAUUCGCUGGAGAGCAUGACAAGAAGACGUCAGUAUGGUGAAGUAGCAAAUCUUCUUCAAGGAGUUGUCAAUGUGAUGGAACAUUUCCAAAAAUACAUGAGUAUACCUCAGAUCAGGCAACUAGCUGACAAAGUUCGCAAAAUUCAGUCUGAAUUAGGUGUUCAAAUUCUAGCAGAUUUUGAAGAAUCCUUUGCCAACCAAGGAAGUAGGCCGAUAGGAAAUAUGAGAGAACUUGCAGAGGCUUGUUUAGUAGUCAGGGUUCUUGAUCCCAAAGUCAAGAAGGACUUGAUGAAAUGGUUUGUGACACUCCAACUUCAGGAGUACAUGGUGCUCUUCCAGGAGAGCCAGGAUGUAGCCUGGUUGGAUAAGAUUGAUCGUCGUUAUGCUUGGCUCAAGAGGGCGCUAGUUGAAUUUGAAGAGAAGUACGGUCCUAUGUUCCCUCGUGAUUGGGAGGUCAGUGAGAGGAUAUGUGUAGAAUUCUGCAAUGUCACUAGGACUGAACUUGGUAAAAUAAUGCAGAAGCGAGAAUCUGAGAUAGAUGUCAAGUUAUUACUCUUUGCCAUCCAACGUACGACUAACUUUGAAACCAUCAUUGCUAAACGGUUCAGUGGUAUCACCUUACAACCUGCGGGUGAAUCAUCAGAAAAUAUGAUGACAGAAGAAAAACCAGUGUCAACAAAUCCAUUUGAGAUGGAUGAUGAACCAGUUGAAGUAAAGACAUUACUCAAACCCAAGCUAUCGUCAUUCCAAGGCAUCAUCAGUCAAUGUUUUGAACCACAUCUGCAUAUCUACAUCCAAUCACAAGACAGGAAUCUAUCUGACUUGAUCAACCGAUUUGUAGAGGACUUCAAGACGCAGGGUCCUCCUCGUAUUGAAUCUGAAGAGAGCGGUGCUGUGCUGCCCUCGUGUGCUGAUCUGUUUGUAUACUAUAAGAAAUGUAUGGUACAAUGCUCUCAGCUUAGUACGGGUACACCACUAUUGGACUUAACUCAAACUUUCCAGAAGUAUCUGAGAGUUUUCGCCAACAGACUUCUCACAAACAAUCUACCAAAGUCACAAACUACAACUCCAGCUGGUGGUCUAAACAUCUCGGCCCUUCUCAAAGAAGGUUUGAAAGAAUCUUCAUCUUCUGAUGUACCAAAGUUUACACCUGAAGAACAGUACUUGGUUUGUAGUAUAUUAUGCACAGCAGAAUACUGUCUGGAUACUACCCAACAGCUUGAAGAGAAAUUAAAGGAAAAAAUCAACCCAUCAAUGUCUGACAGGAUAGACCUCAAUGGAGAAAUGGACGUCUUUCACAAUGUUAUAUCAAACUGUAUUCAGUUGUUAGUGCAAGAUCUAGAGACUGCAUGUGAUCCUGCUCUAACAGCCAUGAAUAAGGUGAACUGGUCAUCGGUCGAGACAGUAGGUGAUCAGAGUGGUUAUGUAACGGCUAUUACAACACAUAUCAAACAAGCAUUACCAGUCAUACGGGAUAACCUAGCAUCAGCUAGAAAAUACUUCACUCAAUUCUGCAUCAAAUUUGCCAAUUCUUUCAUUCCACGAUUCAUCAGUCAUAUCUAUAAAUGUAAACCUAUCAGUACAGUUGGUGCUGAACAGCUUCUUCUUGACACACAUUCCCUAAAGACAGUGCUCUUAGAUCUACCUUCCAUUGGAUCACAAGUCACUAGGAAAGCACCUGCAAGCUAUACCAAGAUAGUAGUGAAAGGUAUGACCAAAGCAGAGAUGAUCCUGAAGGUUGUAAUGUCACCUCAAGACCCUGCUGAAGCUUUCGUUGAUAACUACAUCAAACUCAUUGCUGAUACAGACACCUCAAACUUUCAGAAACUUCUAGAAAUGAAGGGUCUGAAGAGAAGUGACCAGAAUGCCAUGUUAGAUAUCUUCAAGGCACGUUUAUCAUCAACUAGUCAUCCUGGGGAGAAUGUAGUGGUUGUGACAUCAUCACAAGAACAACAAGAUCUUAGUAGGAUACGAAGACUGGAGAAAAUCAUUAAAAGAAAGCUGUAGUCUUUCAGAACUGUCUGUCAUCGAGCCAGCCUAAAGGGAUCUUGCGCUCUGGAGUCACAGGAACUCGCUAGGAUACCAGGACUAGAGAAAAUUGUAAAGGAGAACAUUAAUUCCUGAGGACUUUCUAUGCUACUCAUCAUGGGAUUGGAGUAUAUUUUAAUACCUUAAAAAAGUUAUCCAUCCAAACAUACAGAUGCUUCAUUUCAGAAUGACCAUGUUGUUGUCUAGCCCAGUUGAUGGGAAUUCAAUGUCCUCAAGAGCAACUUGGUCCAUGUAGGCUGUGAGCCUGACAGAACUUAAAGGUUCUGAACCGGCGUUAUUAUUUAUGAUUCCAAAAUUUUCUUUCUAUCUUAACUAAUAACUUAAUUUAGUUUGAAUCACGUAAAUAUAUAUUUUUUAGAUUUCCAACUAUUUAUUUUAUCCAGACAGAA